CUCAGAAAUCGCGAAGGAUGGGUGAGUGAGUGAGUGAUUCAAGUCGUAUGUUAUUUUCCCACGGAGGCAUACACACUGUGAGAAAGAGAAAGAGCAUCCGUUCCCUUCGUGUAGUACAGUUCACAUUGCUUCUUAUCAAAUUACGCCUAAUAUUUUAUGUUUACCUUCAAAUAUUUUCACAACGUGUUAAAUGUUGAUGAUCUUAAAUUUAAUUUUGCUUUCUUAAGCAAUAAUCAUAUUUAAAAAAUAAUUUGCAUUAUGACAGAGGAGUUUUUUUAAGCUCUUUUUUAGAGAAGUUGUAUGUGAAUCGGCCUUGUAACAAGUGUUGAUUUUAUUGCACCAUUUUGACCACCUCGAAUCCAUGUAGCUGUUUGAAAUGUGUCAGAAUAGUAGGGGGAAUGCAUUCUUGCUUAUGAUUGCUUUUGUUCUUGACCAUCGACCAUAAAGCUGAGAACAUUGAAAUCUUUUCAGAUCCUUGGCAAAUUAUUUUGUUGUGAUAUUUUUAUUAUGAACAAUGGCAUAAAUUUAGAGCUUAUUUUGAAAAGCCGGUGAUUGACUGUGCUAAGUAAUGUUAACAAAUUUUUUUUAAAUAAUGGGAGUUCAUGGAUUAUGGAAACUUAUUGAAUCUGCUGGAAAGCCUGUACCAGUUGAGACUUUGGAAAACAAAGUGUUAGCUGUUGAUGUGUCGAUAUGGCUGCACCAACUGAUGAAGGGGUACCAAAACCCCUCAGGGUCCUCAGUAUCCAAUGCUUACUUGUUAGGACUCUUCACUCGAGUCUGCAAGCUGCUCUUCACUAAGGUCAAACCUGUCUUUGUCUUUGAUGGUGGAGUUCCUCAACUCAAGAAGAAAACUAUAUCAGCUCGACAACAACAGAAAGACAAAGCAGCACAAGCUUCAGAGAAGUUUAGAGAACAACUCUUGAGGAACUUACUGAAGCAGAAAGCUGUUAGUCAAGUCCUAGAAGAGAUAAGGGGACAGUCCAGUCCUAAGAAGAAGGCACCUGACAUGUUCGAGCUUCCCCCACUCCCGGAGGUGGAGGAGUCUGGAUCAGAUGUAGAAGAAAUGUCCACCAGCGGCUCAGAGGAGGAUGUGAAACCAGUAAAAAUGAAAUUCAAGGAUCUUCACUCAAUGGAUGUGAACAGUGAGGAUUUCAAAUCUCUGCCAGCGGAUAUGCGUCACGAUAUUUUGACUGAACUCAAAGAAACACGGAAGCAGAACUCAUGGGGGAGGAUCCAUGAAAUGCCUGAAGAAUCUGGAGAUUUCUCCAAAUACCAGAUGGCCCGUCUCCUAAAACGACGAUCUGUUCAAGUUUCCCUAGAGGAAGCGGAAAAAGAAAUGGGAGGAAGAACUUUGAGUUUAGGGGAUGUAGAAGCACUAUUGGCUGAAGGUGGCAUUGAAAUUAAUCCACAGUUAAGCAAAAGAAUUGCAUCAGAUGAAGUAACCAGAUAUAUUUAUGUUACAGAGAGUGGAGACCAGUCUUCAAAUUUACUAUCAAAACAAAGUUCUGAUCCCUCCAUUACAAAAUGCCAUAAGGAGAGUUCAAAUUCAACACUCGAAUUUGACCCAAAUAUUAAAAUCAAAGAAGAAAUCAUUGAUAGUGAUGAAUUAUCUGAUGUUGAAUUUGUUAGAGAAGUUGAAGCUAUCGAAGCAGUGCAUAAUAUAGUAAAGGUAGAGAAAGAAGAAAAUAAUGAAUAUGGUACAGAACAUAUUUUUGAAGACAGCUGUGAUUCUGAAGGAGUCAUAAUUGAUGAGUUAGAUCUAGUCAAAGAUAAUAGUGGGCUUUCUCAAGACCAAAUUUUAGCUAUUAUUAAACAAGAAAAUUUUAAUAAAUUUAGUUCAAAAAAGAAAAUUGAUGAAAGUAUUCCUUCUACAAGCACAAAUACUUCCACCUUUCAAGAAAGUGAUAUGUUAGACAUAAAAGGAGUAAUGAACACAAAUACAGAUGUAGUUGAGAAUAGUAAUAAUUUGAAAACAAAUGUUACAGGCCUAGCAAACUCCUCCAAAGGUUCAGAAUCAAACAUUUUAGAUUCUCUUUAUUUCAAAUUCUACAAUAAAAAGAUUCAGUCUGCCUUAUCUCAGAAAUCAAAACUUUCUGUUUCUUCAGAUAUCACAAGUAAAAGCAUUGUUAAAAAUCAAAGAAGUACUAGACAAAGAAGAUUAAAAUGUGUAGAUUUACCAACAUUACCUUCUAAAAGUAGUAGUUCUGAUUCAGAAAAUAGCCAAAAUUUACCAUGUCAAAUUGCUUCAGUUGUUUUGCCAGAUAAUACAAAUAGUUCUGUUAUGAAAAACUCCUCCAGUACUAAGUGUGAUGGAACUGGUCAAGAAAAUGAUGUCUCUGGUGUAUCAGAAAAUACUGUUCACUUAUCUUCAAGUGAAUCUGAUAGUGAUUUUAUCGAUGUUCCACCUUCUAACGGUGUUGAUCUGUGUGUUCCUGAAAAUAAACUAAAUGCCCAAGGAUUAUCUAUUCAGAUAAACAAAGAUCAAAAUAAGAUUGAAGAUGAUAUAUUUGCUGAUAUAUUUGUAGAUGAAAAAGAAAGUGCAGGCAAAUUAGUAGAGAACAUCAAUAAUCCAUUGCCUUCUAAUCAAAUUGUAAAAAGAUCAAAGGAUAACUUGUUGGAGGUUAAAGAAGAUGAAAAUAAAAGAACAACCAAAAGCACAAGUAUUAAAAUUGUUCAAACUUCUGCAAAUUUAAAUUCUGUUUCUGAUGAAUCUCUUACAGAGUCUUUUGAAGAAAAACAGUUGUCAUUAGAAAAAGAGGAAGAAGCAAAUGUUGAAUUGAAUGAUGCAAGAGCUUUGCUUAGUAAUGAAAAUGAACAUUUUAAAACAAAACUUGAUGUACAAGAUGCAUUAAUACAACAAGAGUCGGAAGGUAGUGAAGAUAUUGAUAAUCCAGACCUAGAACUAAAAACUCCAAGUAAAGGUGUUUAUAAACCUGAAGCAAGAUCAGAAACUUCAAAUAGUGAAGCCUUAUUAGAAUCUGAACCUCCCAAGCGAAAAUUGAAUACAAAGCAACUAGAAAAAUUGCAGGAUAUUUUAGAGACCAAAGAAAGAGAAAUACUCUUGGAGCAGAAUCGAGAAGACCGUUUAGCCAGUUCAAUGACAGACCAGAUGUACCAGGAAGCUCAGGAGCUGUUGAGGUUGUUUGGCGUACCGUAUCUAGUUGCACCCAUGGAGGCCGAAGCACAGUGUGCGUUUAUGGACGCGGCGGGCCUGACCCAAGGCACCAUCACUGAUGACAGCGAUAUCUGGUUGUUUGGAGGUCGCAAAGUCUAUAAAAACUUUUUUGAUCAGAAAAAGUUUGUUUUGGAAUUCCAGGAUAAUGACAUACAACACUAUUUUAAGUUAGAGCGCAGCCACUUGAUACUGUUGGCACUACUGGUGGGCAGUGACUACACGGUGGGGAUACAGGGAGUGGGGCCUGUCACAGCCCUGGAGAUCCUUGCCACCUUCCCACCCACCACUUCUGCUCUGCUGGACUCUAGGGACCCCCAGCUACUGGUGGGCAGCCUACUGCAGUUCCGGGAGUGGUGGCAAUCCUCUGCCUCUUCGCAUACCUACACACAGCUGGCCAAGAAACUCAAGAACAUCGAACUCCAUCAAGGGUUUCCAAGUCCAUCAGUAGUGAGUGCGUACCUUCAGCCCCUGGUAGACGACUCCAGAGAGCCAUUUUCAUGGGGCUCUCCAGAUCUUCCUGGCUUGCGUGACUACGCAGAGAAGAAGUUUGGCUGGAGUCGAAAUCGUGUGGAUCAAAUAUUGUUGCCUGUUGUCAAUAGGCUCUCUCAAAAAUCUAGCCAGUUGACACUGCACACGUUUUUUGGUGCUGUUCCAAACAUAACUGCCCACAGAGAACAGAUGAGUAAGAGAGUUCAGACAGCAGUGAACAGGCUGGAGGGAGGUAGUGAGAACUUCCAGCCUUCAGAGCCGAGACCGAGGCAGCCGAGAGGGAGAGGGAGGGCAAGAGGGGUUGUAGGAGGAGGAGCCAGAAGAGGGAGAGGGAGAGCUCUGGGAGGGGGAGAUGAAGAUGACAGAGAAUUUAUACACGAGAGCGUCGGGAAACCUCUGGAAGUGAUACCACAGAGAGAGAAAGACCGGCAGGAGGCAUUGAAGCGCAAACAACAAGCCAUAGAGAUACUGAAGAAGAAGAAGAGCAAACUUAUGAAGAAACGAAGGAAUUUGAGACAGGAAAAACCAGAAGCUAACUUGUCAGAAAGCAGCAGUGAUGAUUAAAUUAUCAAGGCUUGUGUCUUAAUAAUGUUUAUAAUAUGUUUAUAUAAUGUAAAGUAUAGUCUAGAUUGUAUAUAUUUAUAGUUGUGAAUGUUAUUCAUUACUGAAAAAAUAAAUUUACAUGCACUUUUGUUACA